AUGGAGAAAUCUGUUCAGUUGGGCCAUGUAGUGGAUUCUCUAGCUGUUUAUAUGGAACCUCAGAGAUAUGGAGAUGAAAAAGAUUAUUUCUGUUUAAUGAAGCCAGUGAAGCUGGAUAUAAUUCCUGGCAUAUGUCUGCAAGGCCGGUUUGGUAUUGAUUAUGGAUUUUUUGGUCUCCAAUGGAUCCUGCGGUCACGGCACAUAGUGACUCAGAUCCUGAGGAGCAGCCUGUGCAGGGCAAACACAGUGAUGUUGAUUCAGAGAUUUCAAAUACAAGCAGGUGUAGAGUCUGAAUUUACAACUCUACAAGGUUCUACAGAUGAAGAUGCCUUUCUUCCAUACAAUCUUGAUGCAAUCUUGAACCCGUACAGCCCUAAAGCCAUUUUCACUCCUAGCAACGCCCCUAGCCUGCGGUGCUGCAAAGAAGCUACUGAGAGGACCUCCAACCAAUCUUCCACAUCGACAGCAAAGGCCAAAGCCAGGAGAAUGGGGUUUCAGCUUCAGCGCAGAGCUUUCAUGGUUGGUAAAUAA